AUGAGUCUACCAAUGGUGAAUGAAGCGAAGCGUUUACUGAAACGGGGGGUUAGCGAUCCUGUUGGCUCAACAAUUCAACCGUGGAAGGUUGUUGUGGACUCAUGCGACGGCGACUGGACCGGGUUAGUUGCACGAGUGUGUCUAUUAAGUAAGAUAGAUCCCGAAGUUAAAAGACGUGCGGUAUACUGCGUUUAUUGGAAUGAUGAGCAACAUCAGCAUUUGAGUACAACCGGUUGCGUAGAUGGCGUUAAGCGACCAGGAUCACUUGCAAUCCAAAAAGCACUCAUUUUGGCUUUAGAACAG